CGGAGGCUCAUAAGCGGUAUCCCGGGGCUGCUGAGUAGAGUCCGGCUUACCUGUCGCGGGGAAGCGUACUUGAGUAGGACCACGGAGUGCGCUGAGGUGGGAUCCUACCUGGAGCACCUCCCUGCAAGGACGCUCCUAAUGAGCACCGUGCGUCCUGACGUCCCGGCAGCGUUCACUCCUGAGGACGUUAGUGUUCCUUGGUGUGCCACCUUCCCCAGCUGGUGGCCUCGUGGAGUGGAGUGGAGUGGCGGAGGGCCUGGCGGUGCCACAGGCAUGGAGAAGUUUCACGCUUUUUAAUUUACGUCUUUUGAGGGGAGGCCAUCGGGAGGAACCUAGGAGCAGUGAAUCAGCAGCUCGAGUUUCUUGAGUCUUUGGUAACAGGGAAGGUUACCCAGAGACACGUGCUCGGUUAAAAAUCCUGUUUCAGCGUCUUUCCAAGUCCAGGCGACUCGUUUCCUAUUUUUCUCACCAGUAGAGUUGCGCAGGUGAAGUUGGGCGGGUAGAUCCUUUUGCUGUGUGUCGACUUGUCAUUUUGUUGGUUUGUAGUUACACUAGUCUUUUUGAUAGCAGAGAUGAUUGAAUGUGAAUUACAAAGAUUUGCUAAGAAUUCUGUUUAAUACAAAGCAGAAUUAUUAAUGAAAAGUAUGAAACAAACUUAUUACUUAAUAUUAUUGAAUAUAAGUUUAAUAUUCAUUAGGUUGUAAUUCAUUAAUUUGAUCGAGUUUAUUUUUAAAUAUAUUUGACCCUGAAUUUUACAAAAUGUUACUUUUCUUCCUAGAAUAAAGCUUCAGGAGGUACCUCCUCCUCCUUUCUUCCUUCUUCCUUUUCCACCUUCUUCAUUCUUCUUGCGCUGGUGCUGGAACCCAGGUCUCAUGCAUGAUAGGCAAGACUUUAUCCCUGAGCUGUAUCGAUAACUUUUCUUUUCUUUCUUUUUUUUUUUUCGUUUGUGGUGCUUGGGACCAAGUUAGGUUAAAAUGAACAUUGCAGAAAUCCUUCUUAAGGAAAUAGAGUGGUUUUAAAAAAAGAAGAAGAAUGUAACAUGAGGGUCAAGAAAAGGGGUGUGGAGUAGUUUUGUUCUCUUCACCUUGCAAACAAGUGUCCUUAGAGAUUGAGAGUAAAGGAAGUGAGAUGUUUUCAUUCAAGUAAUGGAGUCUCACAAAUUAAAAAGAACAUUUUCUUUUCUUUUGGAUUAUGCUCUAAAUUGAAGACUAAUUUCAUAUUUCCUUCUUGUUUUUAGAUAGUGAAUUCCUAAGAAGAAAACAAUGAAUUGCAUAUUAGUUGCUCUCUAACUGUUUGGAUUCAGCAGUGUACAAGUGUGUGUCACAAAGGCCAAAGAAGAUGGCAACUCCUUAUGUCCCAGUUCCUAUGUCAAUAGGAAACUCUGCUUCCAGUUUUACAACCAGCAGAAAUCAGAGGAGUUCUUCUUUUGGCAGUGUCUCAACAAGCUCAAACUCUUCCAAAGGCCAGUUAGAAGACUCAAAUAUGAGUCAUUUGAGACAGACAAGUGUUCCUGAUCAGAUGGAUAGUACUUCAUCUGUCUGUAGCAGUCCUCUCAUUAGGACUAAAUUUACAGGUACAGAUUCAUCCAUCGAGUAUUCUACUAGACCAAGAGAAACUGAAGAACAAAAUCCUGAAACAGUGAAUUGGGAAGAUAGACCUUCUACACCUACUAUACUGGGUUAUGAGGUGAUGGAAGAAAGAGCCAAAUUCACUGUAUAUAAAAUAUUAGUAAAGAAAACCCCAGAAGAAAGCUGGGUAGUUUUCAGAAGAUACACUGACUUCUCUAGGCUUAAUGACAAAUUAAAAGAAAUGUUUCCAGGCUUUCGAUUAGCACUUCCACCAAAACGCUGGUUUAAAGAUAAUUACAAUGCCGACUUUUUAGAAGAUAGACAAUUAGGAUUACAAGCAUUUCUUCAGAAUUUAGUAGCUCACAAGGACAUUGCUAACUGCCUUGCAGUGAGAGAAUUUCUUUGUCUGGAUGAUCCACCAGGUCCAUUUGAUAGCCUAGAAGAAAGCAGGGCUUUCUGUGAAACUUUGGAAGAGACUAAUUACCAUUUGCAGAAAGAACUACUUGAAAAACAAAAAGAGGUGGAAUCAUUGAAGAAACUCCUCAAUGAAAAGCAGCUUCUCAUAGACACGUUAGAGAACAGAAUCAGAACAUUGUCUUUAGAACCGAAAGAAUCAUUAUAUGUGUCAGGAACAGAUGGUGGACAGCUCCUAAGGGUGGAAUCCUCUACACUUGAGGUUGAUCACGGUGUCUUGGAUGAAGAAUCUAGAGCUAAUAGUAAAGCACACUUAAAUCCUAGUGAACCUGAAAGUGCUACACCAGAGAUAGAAGUAGCAGAAUUGGCAUAUAAUGGUGAAGAAGACUAACACAAGCAGUUUCCUCCAUCGUGAUGUUUCAGCAAAUUUGGAAUAGAGUGGCACAUACUCUUUAAAAAGAAAAAGGACUGUGAAAACACUUCCAGAAAUAAGCAAGAAUGCACAUGUAUAAAGUUUACAUAAAGAAAAAUUUUCUAAAUUAUUGAUAUAGGAAAUAUAUUCAUUGCUGCUUUUAAUUGUCUUCCAUCUAGCCUUGUAUUUAAUACAGUGAAGAAAACUCUAGUUAGAAUUCUGUUAUCGAGUCCCACAUUGUUAAGUACUAUGCAUAAAUUAUUACCAUGUUUUGCCCUGUAUAUUGCUCCAAACUCGUAUGUGUGUGUGCAUUUUAAAACAUCAUUUUAGUCAAAUGAAAAUUAAUUGCAUGUUUCUAUCUGAGUAUAGAUAUUUUUUGUAUCUCUGACAUGACAUUUUCAUUAGUGGUUUAAGUCAAUGAACAUUAUAGUAAAGAUAAAGAUCCUGAGUUUUAAAUGCUGACAUGUUUAUCGUCUCUAAAUAAAAAUUGCUUAUUUGCAAUGUUAA